AUGGAGAACAACGAACAGCCUUUGCCCGUUUUUCCCGGCGGUUCGCUUGAAGAUUAUCAAGUGUGGAUGACCGAAUUGACGGACGAGCAGAGGGCGAGGUUCAACGAGGUGAACGAGAGGGCACUCGAGCAGCGACGUUGGGAGGCCGCGGAAGAGGCUGCGGAGCAGCGCCGGCUGGCCGAGGAGGCCGCCCACCAGGCCGCUCUCGAGCGAGCCCAACGAGAGCGGGAUGCUCUCGCUACUGCAAGGGCCCAGAUCAGGACCUUGCUCAACGUCCCGGCUCACCAGGCCUUGGUGAGGGAGAUGUUGGCUGCGGAGGGGUUCACUAUCACCCCCAUCCGCUCCACCCGCCUGUUAGAGAUCGACGCAGCCGAGACGCGGGACGCGCCGAGACGCGUUCCGGCGGGCCACCCCGAGGGCGGACUCCGCCAUGUGUACUCCUACCCUCGCCUCUCUCCCGCUCACUUGUCCGGUGGACCGACCCGGAGCACCAGCCCGGCGGACUCGCCGCCGUAA